AUCUGUCAGCGAUACACAGUUGUGAUCAUUUUCAGGACAACUGUUCAGUUUUUACCAUUCAUCAUUUCUGAGCAGAACACAGAAAGAGUGCUGCAGAGAGAAAAUAUAGGUACACCUAGCUCUUUAGAGAACAAGAUGUCUAUUUUGACUUUGAGCUGGGUUAACCACAUGCAGAACUCAGGGGAGGGGAGGGCGAAGAAGGUGCCUUGAUGAAAGAUCAGCUGAACAGUUUCACAUUGAAAGUGCAUUAAAUGCCAGCAUGUGCCGUUGACAGAAGAAGACAAACGUGGCAGCCGUACGACGUUACUUGCAUUUUGAAACACAACAUAUUCUGCACAUCACACCAGGAAAUGUCUUGAGGAUGUUAUGUGAGCUUCCUUUUUUUAGCUAUGUUGGUAUUUUGAGCUCUUGAGCAACAUUUUGUACCGUUCAGAAAGGAAGGAUUCAAGAGAGAGAAGAUUGCAACAUGCGGAGUGUGCUAAUAGUGUGAAGGAGAGAAGAUACAUGAAGUGACCGACACAUACGGUUACACAUGCACAUAAACGUGUCCAUAUGUCUGUGUCCAGGGCGGUUCACAGUUCAGUCAAUGGGACCACAGCCAUCCCAUGGAGGAGCAGGAGUAGACUGUCGCUGCUAGAGCAGCUGAAGGGCUGUCAGAAGGCCUGGUGCCCCGGGUCACCCUGGGAUAGGGAGGGGGCCCACGCUGCUAUCUGUGGAGCACCUGCUGGGAGUUUCCUGGUUGUUCAGGACUCUGCAACGUCCCAGCCGAGCCUGCUGUGUGUGUCUGCUGGAGGGGAGAAUGAAGCAGUUCUUGACUAUGAUAUCAAAAGCACUGGCACAGUCUUCCAACUGUCUGAGUCUCGUCUUUCCUUCUCUGACUUGGCUCAGCUCGUGCUCUUCUACUCUCUGACCAGGGAUGUGUUAGCCGUUUGUCUUUACAUUCCUCACUGGAUCUACAGUGUAACUGAGAAGGAAAGAGACCGCCUCUCUCAACUUGAGCCCAAUACGUGGCUCUGCACACCGCCUGACCAACAGACUGAUGAUAUGGCCCACAGGGAGCCAAGCAACGUAAUGUGCUCCAUACAGCUGACUUCCACCAACGGGGCACUGUGUAUAAUCAAUCCCCUCUACCUUCGUGAACAUGGAGAUGAGUGGCUGACCCACAAGGCAACUGCUAUACAGCGCGGCGCACAGCCGUCCAAUUACAGACGAGAGCGACGCCUCAGCACCACCAGAACAUGGUCAGGGGCGGGGUUACAAAGUAAACGAGCCAUCUCAUUGGACCAGGAUUCCUCUGCUGCCAGUAUGGAGAGCUCUGGUCUUAUCAGAGCCAAGUCAGCUGAUUCACCACAAUGCCCCCCAACCCAGUCAACACCAGCUGCUCCAGCAGGAGUGGUUCUAAGAAGGCCCAGCAGAGAUUCUGGCUCCAGCCCCCCUCACAGAGAGAGCACGGGGAGCAUUCCUUCAUCUACUCCAUCCACCCCUGGAGGUUUAAAUAGCACAUCGUUUGAGCUGCAGCACCAUGGCAGCCCCAUACCUCAGUCCCCUCACAGGGUGUCCUGGAUUGAAGAUGGAGUCUGGUUGCCCCCACCGAGGCCCUCCUCUUUGCUCCAGCCCCCGUCGCUGGAGCUGGACUCUCUGUCGAUCAGCAGCAUAGAGGAAGAGCAGGAGUUGCAAGUGCAGAGCCCUAACCUGCACCACCCGUCUGCACACAGGUUGGCUGAUAAGGUCAUAAAUCGGCUCUCAGCGGUGGGUCAGGCUCUCGGUGGGCUGGUAAGUCAGAAGAAAAGACUUACCAAUCGUGUGCAAGAGUUGAGUGACCGUAAAGGUGGGGCGUUUGCAGAAGCUGUGAAAGGAUUUGUGGAGAUGACACUGAAGAAAGGGGCUGAACCCGGUGGAGUCAGGGGGUCAGAGUUCUUACAGGAAGUCAGGUUAUCGCUCACGUCACUGAGGGAGACACUGUUGGACUAUCCAGAAAUCCAGGCAUUGUUGGACAGCAUUAGUGACUUAAAUGACUCAGAGAUCGACGCCCUGGUAGAGCUUUCCCUCCACAAGGUGGGUCUGAAGCCUGUCUCUGCACACCUCUACUCAUGCAUUCAUGCAUCCCGGACCGAAGAUGGCACCUUCCAGCGCCUCCAGAGCAACCUGCGUGUGCUAGAAAAGAAAGGGAUGGAGGAGCUAGGGGGCUCGGCGGGAGUUGGAGUUCCUGACUCUGUUAUCCUGGAGCGGAUACAGCAGAGGUGGACUAGUAUGCACGAGGCCUACUCCCCGAACAAGAAAGUCCAGAUCCUGCUCAAAGUCUGCAAAAGCAUCUAUCACAGCAUGAGUGCUAAUGCGAGCUCAGGUACUGUGUUUGGAGCAGAUGAUUUCCUGCCCUGCCUGACAUGGGUACUGCUCCGUAGUAAUGUGGUCACCUUACAGCUGGACACAGACUACAUGAUGGAGCUACUGGACCCCACACAGCUACAGGGAGAGGGUGGCUACUACCUUACAACUUUAUACGCCUCUCUUUACUACAUCAGCAGCUUCCAGCCACGAUUGGCUGCUCGUCAGCUCAGUGUCGAAGCCCAACACUCUCUUAACCAAUGGCAUCGCAGGCGCACCCUGCACUGCAACCAAUCGCGUCGCAGCAAGCACAGACGGACCAUUCGCAGGCAGCCAUGUCGGGACCGGGGUUCGCAGAACUCUGAGACAGAAACUGGGAGUAAAGAGGAAAGUGUGAAAGAAUCUGAUUCUGUUAAUGUUGAUGAGUCACAGCAGCAGACAGAAAGCACCACAGAGGCUCCUCAGCUGCUGAAGGAAGAGACCAGCGGAGAACAAGGAGCUGAGGACGAAUCACAGACGUCCAUUCCAGCACCAGACUGUAAUCAGCAAGACGUGAUAAGGAGCAAACAGGAAGAGAGACUGACUCUAUGUGCAGCAGGAGAAGAGGACCACAGGGGGUUGCAAUGGAGAGAAGAAGAACUGACCUGAGUGGCCACCUGUCAGCCACACAUUUUAAGGCCAUUUAGACAGUCAUAUUACCGAAAAAAUGCUCAAACCGUCCCAUAAGCUGCCACAUAAACCAACAGCAUGUCCCGCCUUGCUCAGUUUCCUCCUCUAUAGAGGCCAAAGCUUUUCAUUUGUGUCAUUAACACACUGUAGUUGUGGUACUAUACUGAGGCCUGAGUUAGUCGUUUCCAACCUGGGGGGUGUGACUCCUCCAAGGGUCCUAAGAUAAAUGUUAAGGAACUGUUUCUUUACUUCAAACCUGGUACAAGUCAAGUCUCCUUCAUUUGAAUCGAUCAUGAGCGAAAAAGGUUUGGAAACACUGGCUUAAGUUAGUACAGAUUAAAUGUCAUAGUUAUAUUAUAAAGAAGAGAAAAGUUUAUAAAAAUGUUGACAUUUGUUCAUUUAUAUCAAUGGACUUAUACUUUGUCUUACAUCUGAUAAUUGAUCACAUUGAUCAAUUAAUAAUAUAUUGCCAGUCACCAGGCGUCUAUCCACCUUUUCCUCAGAAAUGUGGUAAACAUAAGCAAGCUUACAGUAGAAGUUAUUUGAUGCGGGAGGUCUGUCACCUUAUAAAGAUAGUUCAUUUAUUGUGGCUAUUCAAUUUUGUAUGAGAUGGAAUUCUUUAACUUGAUUAAUUUAAACGUAUGUCUUUUUUUUUAUCUAUUAAUAUUAAAGUAACAAUGUGUUGAAAGAUUAAAUUAAUAAAACUGUUUUGCUCAUA